GGAUUUGAUGUUAUGGUUGCUGUAUGUACUCUUUAUUUUUUUUUUAAUAGAAUCUGUUGCAAGCAGCAGAAAGACGCGGCUUGCUUCAACCUAUGAUGAGAGUUUUGCGAAAUUUUGUCGAAUUUGAGUGCCUUGUUGCGGAGAGUUCAGUCGUUGUCCAUCACGAGUUUUUCUCGCUUAGAUUGUUAUUGUAGUAGCAUUGCGAUCGAGUAAGAAAGUAGAAAUUUCACCUAAUUGUUGCAUUGUUGUGGAGUGUGAGGGACAGUAAUGACGGACAAUAGCCCAGACAUGAAUCAGGUGCACGUCUUCUUCCAUGAGGACAUGCUGAAGCACAACAACGGUUAUGGCGUUUUCGACACUUUCGAAGAUCCAGGGUUUUUAGACGUCCUUGAACCUCACCCAGAAAAUGCUGAUCGCAUCCGCAACAUUCGAUCUAUUCUGCAGCGAGGACCCAUUGCGCCUUUCAUUACAUGGCACGAGGGACGGCCAUGCGAAAUUGAAAGCUUAGAGAGGUUUCAUACCCCAGAGUACAUUAAAGAGCUUAUCGAUGCUGAUUCGGCCGGGGGGGAAAUUAUUUGCGCGGGCACGCGCCUGCAUCCUGGGUCGUGGGCUGCGGCUCUCCUGGCUGCAGGGUCAGCACAACAAGCGAUGCAAUACCUCCUCGAUGGCCAUGGCCAGCUCGCAUACGCCUUGGUACGACCCCCUGGUCACCAUGCGCAGCCCACACAGGCUGAUGGUUACUGUUUUCUUAACAAUGCUGGAAUCGCAGUGGAGCUCGCAGUUCAUCAGGGAUGCAAGCGAGUGGUAGUGCUUGAUAUUGACGUACACUACGGCAAUGGCACUGCCGAGGGGUUUUACUCCAGAAAAGACGUGUACACCAUUUCUCUUCACAUGAAUCACGGCUCGUGGGGACCCUCUCAUCCUCAGACGGGGCUGACAGACGAAUGCGGGGAAGGACUAGGUAAGGGAUUCAACUUGAACAUACCUUUACCUAAUGGGACCGGAAACAAGGGUUACGAGCAUGCCAUGACCGAGUUAGUGGUUCCAGCUAUGGCGGAAUUCAAGCCCGAGAUGAUCGUUUUGACUGUAGGUCAAGACUCGAGUGAGUUUGAUCCGAAUGGGAGGAUGUGCUUGACGAUGGAGGGCUAUCGCCGGAUCGGCCAAAUUGUGAGGGAGUUCGCCGAUGAGUAUUCUGGCGGUCGUGUGCUUGUUGUCCAGGAAGGAGGAUAUCAUGUAUCAUAUUCGGCGUACUGCGUCCAUGCGACAUUGGAAGGUCUCCUUGAUCUGCCAACACCACUGCUCGCGGAUCCAAUUGGGUACUAUCCAGAGGACCAAUCUUACUCCACAGCAAGGGUUGCAGAGAUAAAGAGAAAGUUGAAAGGGUUGAAACGAGAGAGGAACGAGGAGAAGUAAAUUCGAAGCAGGUAGCACUCAUCUGAUGAAGUUUGAGAUAACAUCAAUAGUUGCUUGAAAUCUUCAGUGCAAACUCAAGAAGAGCCACCCCGCAGAUACUUUUUGACUGAUGGAGAUUGAUGUUUUAGAAAGACGUUUCUUCGAAUUCUCACAACGCAGUAAGAGUUUCAGCUGAAAACAAUCGUGGAGGUUUCUUUCCAACUUUCUAUUGUGGUGUAUCUACAUUAAGUCAUAGAAGUAGAAACGAAAAUGUCUAGUUUGACUGGAAAAUGAUCCUGAAUGUUAGACCUCUCUACUGUGGAUCUGUUUGGAGGUAAUCCCCUUUUUUUUAUCCGCCCUUAAACGUGUGACUGAUCACGUAAAGGUUAAUGGGUUUAAAAAUUGAUUAUCAACAGAAUUUCUAGAAUUAAAUCUAAUGCAACUAAUCAAGCAGAAGCAUUUACUGAUGA